CGGUUCGUAGCUUGCCUUUGUUUUCUCUGUCUUUAGUCUCACGUGUUUUUCUUCGUCUACUUCUUCUGCACUUCCUUUGCUUGUUCGUUGAGUAAGCGAAGCGAACGCUUUGAGGUAGCCGCCGCGUUUCAGAUCGGUCGAGGCGACGCGACCGCGACGCACGAAACGACGUACCGGGCGACGCACCAACGAGAUACCUCACUGCGGUCCGUGCCUCGGCAAAAGUGACAAGGCCCCGGUAAUUAUAACGGGUGGCGCAAAAAAAACAACGCUUCUCGUCUACUCGCCGCGCGUCUCUCGUUUCGUCCAGUAUGCACUCGGACAUGCAACUCGAUAAGCAACAUUAUCCGCGGAGUCCUUCUCCGUGGUAUUCUCCUUUUCGUAGAUUGUUCGCGUGAUUUCCACGAUCUUGAUAAAAUAUAAUCCACGCAGAGUUCGUCGAUCGAACCAGUCAUUUCUAACGCGCGACGGAAAUCGGACGUUGGAUUCGCUGGAAUUAUUGAAUUACGCGGAGCUUCAAUAAAAUCAAUGAACGCUAUCCAAUGAACGCUGAAUAUUGAAUUUUCAUCCUCACCGUCGUCGAUCACCAACGGUAAAUCAAUUACGUAAUAAAAAUAAAUGAAAUGCAAACUUCCAAUUUGUGCAUACAAUAUGGUUGUAGAACCUCUAAUUGUAAAAUUAUAUUAUCAUUUACUUAGCCGGGUCGAUCAACUUGGUUCCUACUUUUUGGAAACGCACGAAUUACAGGCAGCAAUAAAUAGUCUUUUAAUGCAAAAUAAUGACUCAAAAUUGCUAUUGAGAAUUACAUAUACAUAAUUCUUUGUAAUUGUGUUCUUAAGAUUUAAGAUUAAAACAAAAUAAGUCGAGAAAUUGACAGUUAAAUACAUUUUGAUAUGAUUGCAAAUAGAUGUAUGCGAUAUGUCAUUAGUUGUUAUUGAUAUUUAACUUAUUAAUAAUUUAUUUUUCUGAAAAAAUGAUUUACGCUCAUAUCGUAUAUGUGGCGACACCUAUCAUCCAUGAGAGGAAGGUAUAAUGUUUCAUUGUCAGCAAGAAGAUGGCGGUAAAAUAAAAUAAACAAUAUCCAAUUGCUGGUAACAUUUUUUGCAUACAUACAAAAAACAUAAAUGGAUUUAAAAUAAACAUUUAACGAAAGUUUUUUAAAAAAUCACUUAAAUGUCACAUUAAAUACACGAAUUACUUCGUGAUCUUUCAGAUCUAAAACACUAAAGAAAGCUUUCAUAUUCGCAAUUUAUUAUAUAAAGAUAAUCGAACAGGUAAUAUAUAUCGUUUCAUGGUAGUUUAUCAAUGGAAAACCAUACGCAAGCUAUUUCAUUCGCGAAUAGUUAUUUCGCUUUGGUCGAUGGUCUUGUUUCUGGUUUAGAAAGUCAGCUCUCGGAGGAUGUGGUCCUCUAUUGGUUUGGCAGUUUGAUCAAAGGCAGGAAACAUGUGUCUACCUUCUUGCAAGGUCGUAAACAAAAUUCAAGGCAUAUAUUCUCACAUAUUAUAUCGACCACUGAUAUCAGUUACGAAAAGGAAAGGUUAACUCGGGUUUUAUAUAGGAACAAAUUCUGUUCGUGUCAUUAUCGAAAGCAGCAAGAAUGUCAAACAAAACAUAAUAAUUUCGUCAAUGAUAAUAGUACAAUAUGCGAGCCGUUCCUCCAAGAAACGGAAACGUCGUUGUCGACGUGUGACGUCAUAACAGACGUUAAUCAUGACGAAAUCCAUGUGAAGGAAAUUAGCGCAGUGGACGAUACGUUUUAUAAUCUAAGCGAGGGUGAUCUCUGCAAUCUUUUCAAACUCGACAUCUUAUCGACCGACAUAGAAGAAAUCGAGCAUAGCAUUAAUAGGAUAAAAUUGAAAGAGGAAAUGGUACCAACCAUCAAGAGAAAGUAUAGUCAAAGAGAUAAACACGAUAUCGGUCAAGUUCAGUAUGUGGAGGCAAACGGCGAAGUAGAAUUCUCCCGAAAAUUUUGGAAACUAGGUUCCUGGAACACGUAUAUCUCGCGUCUCUCUACAGCUACUCUUCACACUUGGAGGCGGCCAUGUAAAUUGCAAAUUGCAUAUACCAUCUCGUCUCAAUGUAAAACCUUGGAACAAUCGUGUGAAACUAAAAAUGUCACGGUACGAUUCGUACAGCCUAAAGUCAGACUACCCAGUCUACAGGAGAUUAAUGAAAUUACUAGUAGACUAGUGCCCAAUACGAACGAGUUCGGUGGAUUUUUGAAGGAUGCGGAUUUCUUUGAGGAUUGUAAAAGCUUUCUAGAAAAUGUGAAAAUGGAAAUGCCAAUUAAUGAUACUUGUAUGCCAUUAUACACUGCUCAGUAUGCUAAAAAUAAACUUAUCUUUGAUAAACCGUCCACUAAUAUGGAUCGUCGCAAUGGUAAAGGCAAAAAAAAGUUCGUUUUUAAUUAUCAGAUUCAUCUGAUAAUAUAUCAGGAUAUUGAUAUAUGUAACAUGAACGAGUGUUGCACAAUUUUAAAAGAAUGAAAUUUGAAGAAGGGCAGAAGUAUAGCGCUUCAUGUGCAAAAAAUAAUUCCUUUUUCAGGUAGAUGAUAUCUUUGGAAAAAAAUUAAGAAACUGUUUCUUUUUUACUUUUACAAUUAGUAAAUAUUUUUCAUUAGUUUUCUUUAUUUUUUUGUAAGUUUACACGUAAAUUUACGUAGUUGCGAAUUUUGCGCUUACAAUGUACAUGAAGUACACAUAUUAAGUCUGUUUUUUCUGUUGUGAUAAACUGAAUGAUUUCGUGUUCGAAAAAUCGAGCUUAAAUGAACCAAUCACUAGAAAAUACUGCUUAAGUCAACAUGUUAUUUAAGUCAGUAAUAUUUGCCACGAUUACAGGUGAAUAACCUAUUAUAGCUUAUUCUUUAAAUACUCAAAGAUUUACGAAGACAACUGUAUUUCUCUCGUACAGUAUCAAAUCUGAGUUAAAAUAUGUUUUUUUAUUUAGCAUUAGGUAUGCAAUUUUUGUUUUCUUUUAACUUGAAUAAAAUCCAAUCUUGAAGAU